AUGGAACGUUACAAAGCACAUCAUGCAUCAGAAACUGUUAGGCAUGAACAACAUCAACAAAAAAAGCAGAAAUCUUUUGAAUAUUUAAUGGAAGAUGAGAGAAUUUUAAGUCGGUUCAGGUCUUCAAAGUUGUCUCUGUCAUUUGCCAGAAAGAUUUCAAAAUAUGAUUUUGAUUCUAACAUGUGUUGCACAUUCUUAAAUGUUGAAGAAAAAUGUUGGAGAUUAAGUAGAUGGGACUGA